AUGGACCCCAACAUGAACAAUCUCCUCAAAUGGGGGAUUCGAAACUCGACGAAGCCUGAACAAGCUGGCACCACCAAUACAAGCACAGAAAACAAUGCGUCUCAACCUAACCACAACGUUACCCCGGAGAUGCUCAACGCGCUGUUCGGCGGUCCCUCCGAAGCCGACCUAAUGAAGGCCGCCAUGGAGGCUCUGCACUCCGACGAGGUCGAUCUUGAAAACAAGUUGAUUGCCUUUGACAAUUUUGAACAACUAGUCGAGUCUAUCGAUAACGCGAAUAACCUGGAACCAUUGGGCCUCUGGACCCCGCUCGUCGAGCUUUUGAAGCAUGAAGAACCGGAAAUGAGAAGCAUGGCGGCAUGGUGUAUUGGGACGGCUGUGCAGAAUAACGAGAAAGCUCAGGACAAGCUCAUCGUCAUGAACGUCAUCCCUACUCUAGUUUCUCUAGCCACAACAGAUAAGAACCUCGCAGCCCGCAAGAAGGCCGUCUAUGCCAUCUCAUCCGGCGUACGAAACUACCAGCCCGGCAUGGACGUACUCAUGAAACACCUGCCAGAGGGCUAUGCCAAGAGCGAAAAAGUCGACGCCGGAGACAUGGCGGCUAUUGAUGCCAUCAUGGACAAAUUGCGGUCACACCCCGUACCGUUGUCGUAA